AUGUCCGGCUGGGGCGACCUGUUCAAGGACAAGUAUGAGGAGCGCAUCGACGAGUCGACCGGCGAGACCAUCAUGGUGGAGAAGGGCACGAAGCACCACAAGCUGGACGCGCAGGGCAACAUAGUCGAUCCCGACGCUGCUCCCGCGCCGAGCCCCUUUGCCGCCGCCGGCGGCUUCCAGUUUGGCGGUGCGCCCGCCAGCAGCGGCGGCGGGUUCACGUUUGGUGGCGGCGCUCCUGCAGCGGCCAACGGCGGCGUCGCCAAGCGCGGCCGCACCAACGCGCUCGUGCGGACGGGGAACGAGAGCGGCGAGCUGCUGAUCGCCGGAAACGGGGACUGCGGGCAACUGGGAUUUGGCGACGAGGGCAAGCGCGAUAGCGUGAAGCUGCUGCUGCUGCCGAUCGCGGCGGCGCAGAUCUGCCAGGUGGCGUGCGGAGGGCUGCACAGCAUCGCGCUCGGGCUGGACGGGCGGCUCUGGUCGUGGGGCUGCAACGACGACGAGGUGCUCGGCAGGCCGGGCGAGGAGGCGGAGCCGCGCGAGAGUGUGACUUGCGGCGACAACCACUCGGCCGCCCUGGCGCGGGACGGCCGCGUCUUCACCUGGGGCACCUACAAGGACUCGAACGGGUACAUCGGCUACUCCCCCGACCUCGCAAAGGCGGGCAGGGCACCCUUUGCCCGCCCCCUGCCCUUGGGCCGAGGGGCGGGCGAGCCGCGGCGCGUCCUUCCCGGCGUGACUGCGCGCGCCAUCGCCUCGGGCACCGACCACACGGUGCUCAACGAGAACUUUCGCGAUUGGGUCAAGGCGCGGCUCAAGGAGGACGCGGCGUGGGACGCGACUGAGGCGGCGACGCUGUACCUCGAGCACCGGUGCGAGAACGUCUACUCGUGCGGCCUCAACAACAUGGGCCAGCUCGGCCUCGGCUCGCUCGACCCAAACAAGACGAGCACCCCGACCCUGCUCGGCGGCCUGCAGGGGCUCGGCGUCUGCAUGCUCGCCGGGGGCGAGCUCGGGCCUCUGCUCGGCUUGGGCGAUGGCGUCCAGCAGCAGCCGACGCCGACGCUCGUGGCGGCGCUCUGCGGCGUCGCCGGCCACAAGAUCGUGUGCGGCCACUCUCACAACCUGCUCUGCACGGGCCGCGGCGAGGACGAGACCGCCCCGACGCUGGUUGAGGGGCCUGAGCUGGCGAGCCGCGCGGUGCUCGACGCGAGCACGGGCGGGCAGCACUCCGUGCUCGUGGGCAUGCCGCGACCCAGCUGA